GUACAUACUGUAACAGUUCCAGUGCGUGCUUCGUAGCGUCAGACGGUAAGAACUUGCGUCUCUACCAGGCUGUGGUGGACGCCAGAAAACUACUGGACGAACUGUCAGACCCUGAGACCUCAAAACUAGUAGGAGAGGUAUUUAACAUAGUGAGCCAGCAGUCGACAGCCAGACCAGGCUGCAUCAUAGAACUAGAUGUCAUCACUAACCAGUGUGGAUCUACCACCCAGCUCCUUCAUGUUUUCCAGGAGGACUUUAUUUUGGGGUAUACACCUCAGGAGGUCCCAGAGCUCUACACUACAUCCUACCCUUCUCUCCAGGAGUACCACCCUACUCCGUUCUCUGAGAAGUUCUUCCUGGUUGUCAUAGAGAAGGACCUGAACAUGAACUCUGUGCUGCAGAUGUGGCACCUGCACCUCCAGUCCGUACAGGCCUGUGUGGAUGAUCCGGUCCCAGAGCGGUCUUACCAGUCUCAGCUGACGAUCCCGUUCCAACAGAGUACAGCUGACACGUCCCCCUCCCCUCUCCCUCGCUCAGCCUCCACAGCCAACCUGCAGUCAGCCAGCAAACUGAUCCUCAGCUCCAAGCUGGUCUGUAGCCACCGCCUGGACCUGCCUGUUGGGGUAGAGGUGACCAGGGCUACGCCCUCCGCAGGGCCAUGGUCCAGCAGGGACUUCUCCAUGCAUGUGUCCAUCUUUGAGUGUGAGUCUACUGGGGGGUCUGAGUGGGUGUUGGAGCAGACUCUCCAUCUGGAUGACUUCACUAGGCCUCCUCUACCCUGGACCCCGGAGUCUGACCUGUACAUGAGUCGCGACCACCACUCUCCCAACAUCAAACACUAUGUCCACCUGGACUGGCUGUCCAAAGAGGAUGGGUCUCAUAUCCUCACGGUGGGGGUGGGAUCCAAUAUCCUCAUGUACGGUCGCAUCUCGGGCGUGGUCAACGAACAGACCUCAAGCAAGGACGGGGUGGCGAUCAUCACACUACCUCUAGGGGCAGCAUCAAACAGACGGCACCCCUCCCUGCCCGUGUCCCUGUCCUGGGUGAGGGACGGCAUCCUGGUGGUGGGUAUGGACUGUGAGAUGCACGUGGCGUCCCGAUCCAAGAGUGUGUUUGAGGGUAACGGCAAUCGAGCCGAGGCUCUCCAGGCGCCGGCAGGGCUGCAGGAGGGGGGUCUGUUCGAGGCAGCCCACUCCCUGUCCCCCACCCUGCCUCAGUACCAUCCAACACAGCUGCUGGAGCUCAUGGACCUGGGGAAGGUUCGCCGCGCCAAG